AGCUUCGUUGAUGUUUGCAGAGACCCGAAAAUGAAGAUCCCACUGUCGCGUCGCCCACCCACUGCAGUAUUUCAACCGCCAUCAAGCUGGCGCGUAGCCUACAAGCGUAUUGGAGAGUACAGACAUUCGCUCCCCAAACUGGACGGCGAUGAUCCGUCUUCGUGGUGGCGCGGCGAAAGUGGCGACCCAGAGACACGGCGCUUCCACAUGCUUGUUGGUUUGAUGCUGAGCGCUUUGGCAAGAGAGACGACGUGUGCGCCGGUAAUGAACAGCUUAAUUCAAGAUGGACUCACCCCGCAAAAGGUCCAGUCGAUGGGAGAGGAGAAGCUACGAGAGCGCAUCAAGACCGUCAACCUCUGCAACAACAAGGCGAAGCAUAUCGCACAAACUGCCGGCAUCAUCUUGCGUGACUACGACGGCAAGGUGCCGCGCAAGUACGAGGAGCUCAUCGCCCUUCCCGGUGUCGGUCCGAAGAUGGCCAAUUUGUUCUUCUCAGUUGCGGACAAUCGUUUAGUCGGGAUUGGCGUGGACACGCAUGUGCAUCGCGUUUCGCAGCGACUUGGGUGGGUGCCACCGACCGCGAAGACGCCCGAGGACACUCGCAAGUGUUUGGAGUCGUGGCUUCCCCGCGAGCAUUGGGCUGACCUCGACUUUGACUUUGUGACGUUGGGACAAGACUUCUGCCGCGCGAAAUAUCCGAAAUGUGAGGUUUUCUGCGUGCAAGAUCUUUGCCCGCACGGGCAACGCCUCAAGAAGCCUUACGUAGUAGGUUGUCUCGUUUGCGCUGUCUAG